AUGUGUAUCCGACGCGCCGGUCUUCUGGUCGGCGGGACCGGUGAGAAAUCAGCAAGCCACCACAGUCCUUACAGAGAUGUGAUGAAGAUUGCUGGUUGGAAUGUCCGCACUCUUCGCGACGAAGGAACGCAGUCUCUCACCGUCAGGACUCUGUACAAUGGAGUGGAGGACAACAGCGGGCUGUAUGGAGUGGCGAUUGCUCUCGGCCCAGUAGCGCGGGCAGCGCUGCUCGCUUGGGAACCAGUCUCCCACAGGCUGGCCAUGGUCCGUCUCAAAGGCGCUGUUAUAAACAUCACCGUCAUCUCCGUCUACGCACCGACACUGAAUACAGCGGAGGAGGACAAGGACAUCUUCUACCGCGACCUACAAGCAGUUGUAGAUCGUACCCCUUCCAUUGAUCUUCUAGUGGUGGCAGGGGAUUGGAACGCUCGUACGGGACCGGCGGAUGAAAGCAACAGACAUGUUCUAAGUCGAUUCGCCCUCGGAACACGGUGUGACAAUGGCGACCGCCUAGUCAACUUUGCAGUCGCUAAUCGUCUUGUGGUGACUAAGACUCGUUUCCAGCACCCGCGACGACAUCUCGUCACCUGGCGCUCCAAUGACGGCCGUACAUCCAACCAGAUUGACUACAUUCUGGUACGGGCGAGAUGGGCAAGCUCUGUACUUGACUCUCGAGCCUAUCGGGGUGCAGAUACGAGCAGUGCGCAUGUGACUGCGGGCAAGGAGAUCCACGAAGAUCCUGAAGCGAAUCAACGUCGCCAAUCUGAAGCUGCGCGCGGGUUGGAACUUCGCAAUCGGUUCUCUCUCCUCUCCUCCAACCAAGCUCAGAGCCUCAACCAGAAAUUGAAUGACAGGCUCUCAAAUCUUCCACCGUCAAAGCGGCACACGCCCAUCUUGAGCCUUCGGCUGGCGGAGAAGGCGAUGGUAGCGCGACUGACAGGAGCUGCGAACUUUCGCGAUCUACGGCGCCGCGAAACUCACUCCAUCCGCGCUGACCGAAAUGCGCAUUGGCGCGCCUUCGCCGAAGAGACUGCGCGUGCAGCGGCCUGUGGCGACUCUCGUAAACUCCACCAGAUGGUGAGGCGGGCGAGUCGCGGAACUACGGUGGUGAGUGAGACGCUUCGCUCCCGUGAUGGUGCUAUUAUCGCAGGUCUAGGCGAGCAGCUAAAUCGGUGGAAAGAGCAUUUUAACGAGCUACUCAAUCAUCCGACUCCGGCGAUAGAAGUGGCCGUUGAACCGACCGAUGAAUACGACUGCAACACUGCACCCCCAACGAUAGAUGAAGUGCGAGAUAUUCUGCGCCAUCUGUGUAACAACAAGGAUCCUGGUGAGGAUAGUAUACCUGCAGAAGUAUAUAAAGCCGUAUUCGCCUCACCUACCCUGCCGAUUGGAACGAGGCCAUCCUACUGCCUUUUUUCAAAAAGGGUGAUAGGAGACUCUGCUCGAACUACAGAGGAAUCAGCCUCAUCGACGUGGUGGCCAAAGUAUUUGCAGUGCUUCUCCUGCGAAGAUUUCAAGGCAUCCGUGAUCUGCGGACUCGCCCGUCUCAGGGUGGUUUCCGCCCAGGCAGGGGCUGUGUUGAUCAGAUCUUCAGCCUGCGGCGCACCCUCGAGCAACGCUGGGCAUACCAGCAACCAACAGUUCUCUGCUUCGUCGACUUUGUGGCUGCUUUUGACUCCGUUGAUAGAGGCUCACUCUGGCGUAUUAUGGAAACCGAUGGCAUGCCAGCUAAACUCCUUCGUCUCAUCAAAGGCUACUACUGGUCGACCCGAGCCCGUGUUCUUGCUUAUGGUGUGGAGUCGGAGACAUUUGAGGUGA